AUUAAAUCCAAACAAAACAAAUAUGAAAAGACUACGAAAACUUCUAUAGAUAAUAAUAAUAUAUCAACAUAUAGUAAUACAGAAGAUAUUGAUAUGUUUUUUGAAGAAAAUCUAAUUGAAGAGACUAAAAGUUCUUCAACUAGUAAUUAUAUCUUAUCAAAAGAAAAUUCGAUUAGUUAUGAUGAAUUUGAUGACACUACAAAUAUUUUAAUAAAUAGUAACGAUGAAUCUGAUAUUUUAGAAGAUACUAUGGCAACUGAUAUAUUAGAAGAACA